UCGCCGGGGCUUUGGUCCAGCACUCAUUCAGGUACUUAACACCCUGGAAACCCGGACCCCGGCUUUCAAAGCCUCCCGGGUGGGAAGAGCUGUUUAUAUAAACAGAGAUGCCUCUGUAAGCGCGCUAAUAGCUGGGUAGCCAGCUCAUGGCGUGCGCCUCUCGCGCCCACCCAUAGAAGCGGCGUCCCCGGCCGCCCCUCGCUUCCCAGUCCGCCCUGCCCCCGCCUCCUUCCCCUCCUCGGCCAUGGCCACCGCUGGGCGCCUCGGCUUCACCGUGCGCAGGCUCCUGGAUUUACCCGAGCAAGACGCGCAGCACCUGCGCAGGCGAGAGUCGGAGCUAGGCGCCCCAGGCCCCUGCGCCACCUGGCUGGAAUCGGAGCGCGGCCACUACCCCUCCUCGGACGAGAGCAGCCCCGAGACCAGCCCGCCUGACUCGUCGCAGCGGCCGUCCGCCCGGCCCAGGUCUCCGGGCUCGGACGCCGAGAAGAGGAAGAAGCGGCGGGUGCUGUUCUCCAAGGCGCAGACGCUGGAGCUCGAGAGGCGCUUCCGGCAGCAGCGCUACCUGUCGGCGCCCGAGCGCGAGCAGCUGGCGCGCCUGCUGCGCCUCACGCCCACGCAGGUCAAAAUCUGGUUCCAGAACCAUCGCUACAAGCUGAAGCGCGCGCGCGCGCCGGGUGCCACCGAGUCAGCCGACCUGGCAGCCGCUGCCGAGCUGCGCGCCGCGCCCGCCCUGCUGCGCCGCGUGGUGGUGCCCGUGCUGGUGCGCGACGGGCAGCCGUGCGGCGGUGGCGGCGAGGUGGGCCCGGCCGCCGUCCGGGCCAAGAGCGCCGCGCCCCCGGCCGCCGCCCGCCCCCUGCCGGGCUACGCGGCCUUCGGGCCCGGCGCGGCGCUCGGCCUCUUCCCCGCCUACCAGCACUUAGCGCCCUCCGCGCUGGUCUCCUGGAACUGGUGAGGCAGCAGCGGGGCGCGGACCCCCAGCCGCCCGGACCUGGGAGCGCGCUCUGCGGCCGCAGCGAUCCUGGAGCCCGAGGCCUGGGGCGCUCCCCGGGCCGCCUCCCUGCGGGCUCCGCUCCGCCCUCUGCAGCCCGCACGCGGGGAGCCUUCGCCCGGAUCCCCGCUCGCCUCUUCCCUCUACCGCC